CGCAGUGCUUCGGUUAAAUUAGCUUGACUAACGGUUGCGCGGCUAAGCUAAUAGCGUCUCCUCGAUUUAUGCGUGCGGUAGGUUGAAUAAACAACGCGGUGAAGAAUGACUGGAAGCGCAGGGGAGUGGUGUUUGAUGGAGAGUGACCCCGGGGUGUUCACGGAGCUCAUUAAAGGUUUUGGCUGCAAAGGAGCCCAGGUUGAAGAGAUAUGGAGCAUGGAGCCAGAGAACUUUGACAACUUGAAACCUGUUCACGGGUUGAUUUUCCUGUUCAAGUGGCAGCCGGGUGAAGAGCCAGCCGGAUCGAUUGUGCAGGAUUCACGGCUUGACCAGAUCUUCUUUGCAAAACAAGUCAUUAACAACGCUUGUGCCACCCAAGCGAUAGUCAGCGUUCUGCUCAACUGCUCCCAUCCAGACAUGCUGCUCGGAGACACGCUGACAGAGUUCAGAGAGUUCUCACAGAGUUUUGACGCAGCUAUGAAAGGUUUGGCUCUCAGCAACUCUGAAGUGAUCCGACAAGUUCACAACAGCUUUGCGAGGCAGCAAAUGUUUGAGUUUGACGCAAAGUCUUCAGCGAAGGACGAGGAUGCCUUCCACUUUGUGAGCUACGUCCCCGUAAACGGCAGACUAUACGAGCUGGACGGGCUUCGAGAGGGACCGAUCGACCUGGGUGCGUGCAGCCAAGACGACUGGAUCAGCGCAGUUCGUCCUGUGAUCGAGAAAAGAAUACAGAAGUACAGCGAAGGUGAAAUCCGGUUCAACUUAAUGGCCAUCGUGUCAGACAGAAAGAUGAUAUACGAGAGGAAAAUCACAGAGCUCCAAACUCAGCUUACCGAGGAUGAACCAAUGGACACAGACCAGAGCAGCACAUUUCUCAGCUCCAUCCAGUCAGAGAUCGCCAAGUACCAGCUCCUUAUUGAAGAAGAAAACCAGAAACUUAAAAGAUAUAAGAUUGAAAACAUUCGGCGAAAACACAACUACCUUCCGUUCAUCAUGGAGCUACUGAAGACACUGGCAGAGUACCAACAGCUAAUACCUUUGGUGGAGAAGGCAAAGGAGAAACAAAGCGCCAAAAAAGCCCAGGAGGCCAAGUGAACAACAACAACACACACUUUCACCAGAGAGAGAGAAACCUCGAGUACACAUGAACGAAAACACACAUCCAUCCUGAACCCCUAGAGUCACACUUUCAUCAGUGCGAAUGCUGCGCAUCAGCUGUCAAAUUCAUAUUAAUGACCGUGGAUGGCCUGCAGCACUCUCUCUCUCUCUCUCUGUCUCUGUCUUUCUCACUGUGGCGCCCUGUGAACCAUCCGGACGACUACAGAUUAAGAACUGCACUGCAGGUGUAGCAGAGAGACUCCUCCACGCGUGCGUGUGUUUGUCCGUCGGCUCUAAUGCAUGAUAGAAGGAAACGUCAAAUAUGUCCUGUCUUAUUUUCAUAAUAAAAUGUCUACACGUUG